UAUUCAUUCCAUACUAGAUCUAGCUUAGCUUAUAUACACAACAAACCUUCUUCAUCCCAAAAGCCCUCCCUUUGAUGAAAAUCACAAGACCCCAUCAACAACAUCCCAUGUCUCUCCCACCUCAUGCAAAUAUGAAACCAUUCAAUUGAUCAUCAUCAUCUCUACCCACUAGGCUACUAAUUAAACCAAACCCCAAACCCACAUAACCAAAUUUCACAAUCACACAUGACGUCCCCUGACAAUCAAGCAAGCAAAGAAGACGACCAGAGCUCCGGCGGUAACCGUAAAACGGCAACAAGGCCACUAGAUCAAGUCCUCAAGUGUCCAAGAUGUGACUCAUCCAACACUAAAUUCUGCUACUACAACAAUUACAAUCUCUCACAGCCUAGACACUUCUGCAAGACAUGUAGAAGAUACUGGACUAAAGGAGGAGCCUUGCGGAACGUUCCGAUAGGCGGCGGCUGCAGGAAGAACAAGAAAGUCAAGUCAUCAUCUUCUUCAUCUACCUCAAGGCUCUCAAUAUCAGGUGAUCACUCAAGUGGGUCAUCAGAGAUUAAUAUUAUUGGUGGUGGAUUGAAGUUCUUCCAUGGUCUCUCUCCAUCUAUGAACUUUCAGCUUGGUGGGUUGUCAUCAUCAUCAUCUAUUCUUAACCAGUUCUCUUCAUAUCAUCAUGGAGACAUGAGAACUGCAGGAACUGCUGUUCUCACUGCAGCAUCCCCUUCAUUCACUCCUGUUGAUCAUUCUGGAAGUUCUCUGUUGGGCACUGGUUUCAAUUACCAUCCAUUGGAGAUGACUAAUAAUGUUCACAACAGUAACAAUAUUGCAUCUUCAAUUGAGUCCUUGAGUUGUAUAAACCAAGAUUUGCACUGGAAGUUGCAACAGCAGAGACUGCAGUCCAUGCUUAGCUCCACCUCAGCUCCUGCAGUGGAGAACCAGGUGCAGAAGCCACAACCCAUUUUGUUUCAGAAUCUGGAGAUUUCAAAGCCAGAUGAUGAUCAUGUUGCUGGGAAUUCAAGAAGAGAUCAUGAAGCUGAUACAACAACAACAACUGAGUGGUUCUUUGGUAAUUCUUAUUCACCAGUUAAUACUAACAACACUAGUACUGGUAAUAUUGGCAAUGAUAGCACUACAGGCAACUGGAAUGGUGUUCAAGGUUGGAGUGACUUGAAUCAUUACACUUCUUUGCCCUAGUACAUAUAUAUUUGAUCAGAAUCAUCUUCUUCAAAUUAAAGAAUUAGCUGGCUACACCCCAACUAAAAAGGAUAAUUAGGGAAAAAAAGUUGUAUUAAUUAUUUUAAAAAAACUCAUCUUAAUUUGUAGGGAUAUAUAUGAGUGAGUGUGUUUGUUUCUACUUAAUUUGUUUAAUGGUGCAGAAUCAAAAUGUAAAACUUCUUGUCGAACAAUAGUUCUUAUUAAAUUCUUGAUGUUAAUUGUAUUAGUUUUGAUUAAUCUGCA